AUGAGCGAAGAAUUUAAGAUUGUUGGAGGUGAAGACAACAAUGAAGAAAUAAGCAAUCAUUUAAAAGUUUCACCUAAAAAAGUAUCUAACAAGGUUAUAAGGAAGCCAUCCAUGCACUAUGUAAGAUCUAGAGAUGAGCUACUUGAAGAAGAAAAUUAACAUUUUGAAAGUUUAAGGAAAAAGUAUGUGAAAACUCGCAGAACUAAGAUCGUAGGUACAAUAUCAAGUUUUUAUAGUUCAUACGAAAAUUUAAAAUCAAUGGUAGAAGCUGGAUUAAACUCGUUUAUGGUUAAUAUGGCUUAUUGUACACCAGACUUGCUGGUUACUUUAAGGAAGCACAGAGAUGCUCUUGAAAAAGAAUUUGAUAUAUAAUUACCAAUUACUUGUGUUCUUAAAGGAACCUUAGUAAGAAUAGGUACAUUGAUGUAGCCUGAAAUAUUCUUAAGAAAGGGCUAGGAGUAUAGGAUAGUCUUAAAUCAUAAGGUUUUAGGUAAUAGCCUUUAUUGUGCAGUCGAUGAUAAGGAGAUUAUAAGAAGAGUAAAAGUAGGUAAUUAAAUUCUAAUAGAUUAUGGCUAAAUUUCUAUGACGAUUAAAAGAAUUGAAAAAUCCGAUUAAAGUUUAAAGCUGCUUCGAGAGUAAAAUGGCUAUUAGCAUGAAGAUUUCCUAGAAACCUUCACUGAAAAGAAAAAAAGGUUUUAUCCAAACCUGUAUUUUGGAAGAGAGAGCUCGAGUGAUCAAGAAAAUCCAAAUAAUGGUAGCAUUUUCUCUGAAGAUGAUAUACGUGCUUUUAACAGCUAAGAUAAUAUAGAUGAUUCAUUCAGCAGCUCUUAGAUAUCAUAAACAAGUUAAAACAAAACAAAUUUUAAGAACCUUUGCCAUUCAACUUAGCAUUUAGACUGUUAAGGUAAUAACAAUAAAUAGGGUUAGUUCAUCAGUUUAGGUAGUAGAAAGAAUAUAUAAAUAACUGAAAAUCAAAUUAUAUCUGAAAGGUUUAUGUAAAACGCGAAUUCACCUAGCAAAGAUACUCCAAAAUAUUUAAAUUCUAUUUAGCAAAAUCAAAAUAAUGGAAAUAGCAAUUAAUUUUAGAAUAAAUUUGCUGAACAACUAAGAUAAAAAAAGCAAGGUAAAAAGAAAAUUUAUGAUGUUAUAGUUUGUGAAGUAGAUAGCGAUUGCCUUAUCAAAUCUUACAAGCCAAUUUUUAUAUAUGAGAAGGAUUAUAAUUAAAAGAAAGACUAACUCCGUAAGUAUAGACAUAAGAACUUAAAUAAUGAUAUGGGUUUAAUAGAUUCUAUUGGCGAAUAGCUUUCAGAAGACGACGAACGUGCUGAAGACUAUGAAGGUGAAGAAUGCAUAACACCAAAAGAUAUUACUGACAUAAAUCACUGCAUAAAUAAUGAUAUUGAUUGUAUUUGCGUUUCAAAUGUCCGCUCAGCAAGAGAUAUUAAGGCUGUAAGAAAUUUAAUUGGAGAGGAUAGAGGAGUCAGGAUUAUGGCUAAAAUUCAAACACCUGAAUCUGUAGAAAACUUUGAAGAGAUUGUAAAAGCUUCAGACGGUGUGUAGAUUGCUAGAGGAUAUUUAACUGUUCAUAUGCCUGUGGAAAAAUUAUUUGCAAAGUAGAAAGAAAUGAUUCAUAAAUGUCAUGAGCAUUUGAAGCCUGUCCUUGUAUCAUGUAAUAUUUUAGAUUCUAUGGUUUCUUCGCUUCUUCCUACUAUGUGUGAAGUUGGUGAAAUAUCUAAUUUAGUUAAUGAUUAUGUAGACAAUAUUGUCUUAUCUUCUGAAACUUCUUGUGGAAAUCACCCAGUUCAAGCAAUUAAAACUUUAAGUCGUAUAUGUGUUGAAGCUGAAGCUUUGCGUAUUAUGAAAAGACUAUAAAAUCCUUCUCAUUCUGAUAUAGUUUCUAUUAAAUCUCAAUCUAAUGCAAUUCCAUGUUGUAUAAUAAAUUGCAGUUUAGAAGCUGCUUAUUAAGUUCAUGCCUCAGUCAUUAUGGUUUUUACUACCAGAGGAUAUACUGCAUUGAAGCUCUCUAAACUAAGACCUCCUUGUCCUAUUAUUGCUGUUACGUGCCAUAAAAAAGUGGCAAGAAAUCUCUCAUCUGUAUCUGCUGUCAAUAGUAUAUUAUUUGGAAGCUUAAUAGGUACUGAAGUUUUAAUCAAAAGAGUAAUAGAUAAAUUAAAAUUAACUGGAUUACUUAAAGUUGGAGACUUCGUUGUGAUUACUAGUGGUGAUAUAGAGAAUUUAGCAAAUUAAACAAACAAUUUAAGAAUAUACACGGUCUAGUGA